CCAACCCAGUGAAAGUGAUUGAGUCAUCAUUUAUGCAAAGUCGUCCUAUCCUUUUCUACCUUAUUCCUUUUACCACCACCACCACUCAGAAAUCAUGGAGAAGUUUGAAAACUCCAUCUAUCAGAGGAAGGUCUCUCUCUCUCUUAGUCUUCGUCUUCAUAACUUUUUUUCCCUCUAGGCUCCAUCAGAGAAGCAAAAGAGUUAAGCAAGGGCAAGCUGAGAUUAUCAUUAUGUGUGCAAAGAAAGAGGAAUAUCAACCUAUCCAUGGCAUACAAGCUUCCCAACUACACAACAAUGGACAUCCAUUGGGAGUAAGUACGAGGGGCUUGGUAUCGUCCACCCUACCAUGGUCACUCCCUCCUAUUCAGGCUCACAAUCCAGUACCAGUCCACUUCAAUGGAAACUCGGUUCUGGACAAUGCCCUCGACCCUUUUCUACUCCCUCCGCCGCUAUCAUCAUACGGGGGUUUAUUCAACACAAGAGCUAGGAUCUUAACCGACAGUUUUGGAGCUGUUGGCUCAGCGCCUUUGGGGCUACAAGCUGAAUUGGGUAAGAUGACCGCUCAAGAAAUCAUGGAUGCUAAGGCUCUCGCUGCUUCUAAAAAUCACAGUGAAGCUGAAAGGAGAAGAAGAGAACGAAUCAACAACCAUCUCGCAAAGCUACGCAGCUUACUCCCAAGCACCACCAAAACGGACAAGGCUUCACUGCUUGCAGAAGUAAUCCAACAUCUGAAGGAGCAAAAACGGAAAACUUGUUUGAUAGCAGAAACGAGUGCCGUCCCGACCGAAACGGAUGAACUAACAGUGGAUACAUCGGACCAAGACGGUAAGAUUAUGAUAAAAGUUUCAUUCUGCUGUGAAGAUAGGUCGGAUCUUUUGCCUGACCUAAUAAAGACAUUGAAAGAUUUACGUCUAAAAACACUACAAGCUGAGAUCACAACGUUGGGUGGGCGUGUCAAAAAUGUACUCUUCGUUACCGGAGAGGAAGACAGUGGUGUUCAGCAGCAGCGAUAUUGUAUUAGUUCAAUACAAGAAGCAUUGAAGUCGGUGAUGGAGAAGACUUGUGGGGAUGAGUUUUCUUCAGGUAGUGUUAAGAGACAAAGAGCCAACGCCAGUGUUCUUGAACAAAGGCCUCUUUUAACUUAUAAAAGGCCAUGAACUAGUCGACUACUUCAUUUCUUUUUUCUUUUCGUUUGUGUGUUUUUUACAAGUGGAACAAAUGAUGAAGAUGAUGUGUUGUUUUGUGUGCUUAAAACAAUUAUUUCAAAUAAGCAAGAAAUCAAUUC